AAUCAGAGACGCAAUUGAAGAAGAAGCACAUGAGUUUUGGAGUGUGUGUGUGUAAUUGAAAACGAAAGCUACAUACAUGAACCCAAUAUUGAGUUGAAAUAUCCACAAAAGUUGGUAUAGCUUUUUUCAAAUUCAGAACCCCUUUUGUUCCUUUCUGGGUUCAUUCGAACCCUCAAAUUUCAAUAUUUUUCUUCCAUCUUCAUCCAAUUCUAUUUAUUACAACCAUUAAACUCGUAACCCUUCAUGGGUUUCUCUCCUCGAUCAUAAACAAACAAGACUUUGUCAAAAAGAUUUUUUUUUUCUUUUCAUUUUCACGUUCUCUUCUACUUUCACAUCGUACUGCACUCAACACAGUCAGAGCUGGUGGUCGGAACUGAGCUCCACACCGCCGCGAUUCAAAGCGGCGCAAUUGACAACAGAGCAUGAAAAUGAAGUCUUCUUCGGAUGAUGAACAUGAUGAAGAAAAAGGGAAGUUGUUGGAAAAAAGCAAAGAAAGAGGUUCCAGAAAUGGAAGGGUUGUUGUUAAAGUUCACAAUCAAGCCUUAUUAUCUGGACUUGCUUAUUGUCUUUCCUCCUGUGGCAUGAUUUUAGUUAACAAAUUUGUACUCUCUAGUUAUGAUUUUAAUGCUGGCAUAUCUUUGAUGGUGUAUCAGGUUGAUACUUUUGUGGGUGCAGAAUUUCAUUUCGGUGAUCAUUGUAUCUGUGUUGAGUCUUCUGGGUUUAGUUUCAACUGAACCACUGACAUGGAGGUUGAUUAAAGUCUGGUUUCCGGUCAAUGUUAUAUUUGUUGGAAUGCUAAUUACAAGCAUGUUUAGUUUAAAAUACAUUAAUGUAGCUAUGGUGACAGUCUUGAAGAAUGUUACUAAUGUCAUAACCGCCGUUGGUGAAAUGUACUUGUUCAGUAAGCACCACGAAGGCAGAGUCUGGGCUGCUCUAUUUCUAAUGAUCAUUUCAGCAAUAACUGGAGGGAUUACUGAUCUCUCUUUUAAUGCAACUGGCUAUGUGUGGCAGACACUAAAUUGUUUCUUAACUGCAUCAUAUUCUCUGACCCUACGAAGGGUCAUGGAUACGGCAAAGCAAUAUACUAAAUCUGGAAAUUUAAAUGAGUUUACGAUGGUCUUGUUGAACAACACUCUUUCUUUGCCUUUGGGAAUUUUCCUGAUGCUUGUUUUCAAUGAGGUUGAUUAUCUCUUAAGAACGCCACUUCUGAGAUUACCUAGCUUUUGGUUAGUGAUGACCUUCAGUGGAGUUUUGGGUCUAGCAAUUAGCUUCACCUCCAUGUGGUUUCUUCAUCAAACAGGGGCUACAACUUACAGUCUUGUAGGAUCGCUGAAUAAGAUACCACUCUCAGUUGCUGGCAUCCUUCUCUUUAAAGUUCCUACUAGUUUGGAGAACUCUGCUAGCAUUUUAUUUGGGCUUUUGGCAGGAGUACUUUUCGCUAGAGCCAAAAUCCGGGAGAGAUCUCAAUCCUGAAGAGCAGUAUAAGGAAUUUUUCUGAUCUGUGGUAUUUAAUUUCUGGGGUGAAGUUAGAAGUUCAACCUGGGAUUUUGAGGUGUUGUCAAAGAGAUGAUUAUAUCAGUUAAACUAUCUCACCCUUUGGAGAGGUUUGAUUUGUGCGAGUUCAUGAUUACUUCUCUCAGAGGGAUAGUUUUUGGGCCUUGUUCGAUUGGAUCUGAUUCGGGAAGAGUUGCUUGGAUUGCAUUGCUAGCAAUGGAGGAAAAAUUCGUCACUAACCUAUUUUUAUGUUGGAUUCUGUAUCAUGUGACUUUAUUGUCCUCAUGUAUCACUUAACAAUUUGUUUGAUGCGAAAAUUCUCGUGGAAAUGAAGUAAAAAAGUAUAUGUUGCAUCUUGAGACAAUGGUCACAUUCUCAUGUGAAGGUUUCAGAUGUACAGAUCACUUAUUUGUUCAGUUUUUUUACAAGUACAUCUCUUGAAAAGAAUAGAUACAUUUUUUACUGAAUAGGUCCACCUUCAACUCA